CCAGGAGUGACGGCGGAUAAGCGAACCCAGUAAACAACCUUUCCCACGCCGCUUCGAAUAUGGAGCUGAGGGAUCGUCCGCUGAGCACCAAGGAAAUCACUAUUUUCGGUAAACCUGGCGUUCGCUGGCAACGGCCGUCCCUUUCUAACCGCAAAGCAAGCCGCGUCUCGCAAGCCCUUAUACUCGCAAAGAUCGUUCUGAGCCUCCGCUCCCGAGGGAUUUCGAGUGGACGAUUCAUCAUUCUACAGGGCGCAUUCUACAGAGCAUUUCGGUUGUAUAGCUGAGCGCGACGGACGAGGGCUGGCACGGAGCGUCAAACGCCGUUCUCGUUCACCAAACUUCUAUUUCCGAUAAACGCGAAUGCACGAUACAGCGGACAACAUGGCGCUUGAAUCCCGCUUCGACGAUAUUGAGCGGGAGUUGAUUGAGGUCUGGUCAAGUCUUCCCGCGGUUACAAGCGGAAGCACCAAGUCGGAGGAACCAGCAGGGACGUUGAAGCGAACGGAGUUGUCGAAAGAUGCUAUUGAAGAAAUGUCGAAGCGUUCGAUUGAGAAUAUGCAGGAACUAGCAGAAAAGCAGAAGCUCCUUGAACAGCUGGAGUCGGCAAUAAACAAAUUCGAUGAUCUGGACGACGGGGAUGUAGUUCAACCUGAUGACGGUGGAAAGGCAGUAAGCUCCUCCGAUGAACCAUCCAAAGGAGAAGCCCUCCGGGACGGAAAUGAAUCCUCGCCUUCGCAUCGCCGAACGAGGUCCACCGCUAGCGAGUCUGAUCAAUGGCAUGCAGCGGCUCAUUCUCGUGUGUAUGUCGCUCCCGUGAAGCCAAGGGAACGAAAGAACUCGGCUCUCCCUCCGAUGAUUCUACAACGGAUGGAUGAAGAAUACCAGUCUCUUGUCGGUUCGCCAAUGCCUCCACCACGUAAGGAUGUCUUGCCCCCCACGGCCGAAACUUUUGCCGAAUCGACAAAAGUACCCAAAACCUUUCAAUCCAUUACGGUGAAGACGUUUCAUCUCCCUGCAAAGCGGACAACUGACAACUCGCCGAAGCCUAGCGGUAGUCUCGUGAACAGCCCACGUUCUGAUGUCUCCAGAGGGAAACCCGACGAACCAAAAACGGAAGUGCCGAAACCGCCGAAGGUGGCAAAACCAGAGGAGGCAGAAACCCCUGCGGAAGCUGCCGAUGUGAUAAGUGGCCUUCCCAAGCUGGCCAUUCCGCCUCGUCGAAAGAUUCCGACCACUCACGUGCAGGAGAUCCCAGUCAGUGCAUUUGGAGCACGGCGUACGCCCCCGAGCCGUACUGCGUCACUCCUUCUUUCAGCGAGUCCGAUUGCCAUGUCAGCUGAAGGGACCAAGUCGCCCCAGUUUAGCUCGCCCCAGUCUUCCUCGUCGUCCCAGUCCAAUUCGCCCCACUCAAAUCCGCCUCACUCUGCUAGUCAAAUCCCCGCUCAAUUGCAAGUGCAGAACCCCAUACCCCCAGCACGCCGCUCUUCGAUGGCUCCAUCCAUCAGGAUUGAAAAUUCCGAUGUGCACGCUUCUCAAGUAGUCGCUGGACCGCGGUUCGGCACGGCAUUCAACUUUCCCCCGCCACCAAACCGGCCACCACCAAGUAGACUCUCUGUCAUGGGCGUCUUGAACCCCGAACCCCGCCCGACGGCGCGCCCGAGCACACUAGGUCGGCAAUUCGGCGAUCCAACAAACAUCACUUCCUUUGUGACGCCAUAUCAUAACCACCCAUCGAAGUCUGAGGUCGCCAUUGAGUCUGUUGGGGCUCCCAUGCUGGUCACGAGCAGCUUCAGAGGGCGGAUGAUCCCAUUGCAAGAUGUGUGGGAAGAUUUAGACCAACGAGGUUUCGAGCCGCUCCGCAACGGCCAUGGGGAGAAGGAGUCAAAGAGCGGGUGGGGAACUCUCAACCGCAUGAUCAACAAAGCGAAAGCCAUGCGACCAGGACCCGGAAACAACUCUCCCACAACGUCGGAAGACGCGAAUGGCGUCCCUCUUUCGCCAUCCCAGCGCACAUCAACCGUUUACCCAUCCCCUCCCUCCUCCCCACGUCGCCCGGGGAAGCGAGAAGCGCCUGGGAAGUUUGGGUCCCUUGGUCGCGCGAUGGGAAACGUGAUGCGUACAUUCGAUGUCAGCAGUAAAUCGCCCACCAUCGCGUCCCUCAUCGGACAGUCUGCAGAUUCUAUGGGUCCCUACAUGCACAAUGGCCGCCUCGAAACCGCCUCCUUACCCAGAUACCGCCCGCCGGUUUUCAGCCCUCCCGACGCAAACAUCCGACGCUUGUCUCAAAUCGAGACCCCCGUUGGCGUCGUCAUGGACGCAGAACAUGAGAGGAAGCUGAGCUCGGAGAUGGUUGAGUUCAGGAAACACCUCUUGAACACUUACGCCAGCGGCCCUCAACAGUGAGAAUGCACACGACGUAUCCCCUUCUUUCUUCUAGGCGAUUAGGAACUAGAUGGAGUCUCCAAGAACUUGAUACUCUCUUGCGUAUUGCGACCGUGUGUCCGUCGACUACCCUCAUUUUUUUUUGGCGUACUGCUUUUUGACUUGCAGUGUCCUCUGAGACUGGAUCUGUGCCUGGUGUCGCUGCAUUCUUAGAUAGACUUCUUUCUUUCGCUUGUAUAUACUUAAGUUUUUUGAUACACCUUGGAUAUCUUCGAUGUUUUUACUCUUCCACCUUGCGGUAGUGCUCUUCGUCACGUUCGGUGUUCGAACCUUCGGACAGGAAUCGCGUUCUGGUGAAGUUGCUAAGCUUUUUGUAUGCA